AUGAGGGGACUCCUGCCGUUUUACCGGGGUUUGUACACCCUGAGUAACCGCCAAGCCAGUCGUAAAGCUGGGAUUGUCGGUUCUCGGUGCGGGCUUUGCGGAACUCAGUCUAAUAGCAAGCCACAGCCAAGGUUUGGGCUGUUGUUCGACAUUGAUGGCGUGCUUGUCAGAGGGAGGAUGCCAAUCCCUGCGGCAACAAAAGCAUUUGAGAAGUUGGUCGACUCUCAGGGACGGUUUGUGGUGCCAGUCGUUUUUGUCACAAAUGCAGGGAAUUGCCUCAGACAAACAAAAGCGGACCAGCUCUCUCACAUACUGGGAGUGCCUAUCACGCAAGACCAAGUUAUCAUGUCCCAUAGUCCCCUGAGGAUGUUUAAGAAGUUCCAUGACAAGUGUGUCUUGGUGUCAGGACAAGGACCUGUCCUGGAAAUUGCUAAAAAUGUGGGCUUUAAGAAUGUAAUCAGUAUUGAUAUGCUUAGAGAAUCGUACCCAUUGCUGGACAUGGUGGAUCACAACAGGAGACCAAAAUUGCCGUCCAAUCCUGUUGUCAACCUUCCUAAAAUUGAAGCUGUGGUUCUGUUCGGCGAGCCGAUCCGAUGGGAAACCAACCUGCAGCUGAUAGUUGACGUUCUGUUGACCAAUGGUAACCUCAGUAGUAGUCACCAAACCCAAAACACUCCUCACCUUCACCUGCUGGCCUGCAACAUGGACCUCAUGUGGAUGGCUGAGGCACAUUCCCCUCGGUUUGGCCACGGGACAUUUCUUGUGUGUCUAGAGAACAUCUACAAGAAGAUAACCGGCAAAGAUCUGAAGUAUGAGGCUCUUAUGGGAAAACCCAGUGAGCUGACUUACCAUUUUGCAGAGUAUCUCAUCAGAAGCCAGGCCAUGCAGAGGCAGUGGGAACUUCCUGUUACUUCCCUAUAUGCUAUAGGGGAUAACCUCAUGACUGACAUCUAUGGAGCCAAUCUGUACAACCGCUACCUGGAGGAGAGAGUUGCGAGAAAAAACCCCAAAGCUGUUGCUAAGAUGGUGUCUGCCACUGGGUCCACCACGGCGGUGCCCAGGGAGGAAGAGAUUGACAGCUUGUGGGAAAGCGAGCUCGCUCUGCCCUCUGCUACUUCCUGUAAGUCUGUCCUAGUCUGUACAGGGGUGUAUAACCCCAACGCAGAGGUGCCGUCUGAUGCAAAUCACUGCAUCAAGGAGACUGUGUUCCACGGGCACCGGGACUUCAUAUUUGACCCUGGUCUCGUGGAGCCAGGCCAUAUCGUGCAGGAUGUGGCAGAAGCUGUUGAUCUCAUCUUUGAGCAAGAAAAGUUUGUGCCUCAGUAG